GAGGGAAGAAAUUGUCAUUAUUUUUGAAAAAAGUCAAAAGAAGCAGAUAGCAUGCAAAUGCAAGAAAUAAAUUCGUAAUGUUGGAAAGCCGACCCAAUAGCGAGCGUGUUUGUUUUCGUCUACAACUACAAAGCGUAUUAGCGAGCCCAAGAGCAUAAAGUGAAAAAGCGUGCAAUUGUGUUAGUGUGUGUGUGUGCUUGUGUUUGUGUGUGUUCGUCUAGGUCGAGUCCGCGCAACACGCCCGCCAACAUCACCAAGAAGAAAAUAAGUUGAAGAACAUCAAGCCAAGCGAAUGCUGCUUUUUACACUACCGCCCUCGCCGCCACUGCCCCAUCAUCAUCAUCCGCUUGUGAAUUGAUUUCGCGCUCUGCUCCUUACCACUCCCUAAAACCCACUACUUCAUUAUCAGUUGUGGGGCAGGCUACCAAAAAAUCAUUCAAAAUUCCACCACAAACGCCCACCACUUCAAGCGCCAUGCCCGUCUCGUUGGCUGUGUGCGAAACGGCCAGCAUUGUUAACUCAGCGCUGCGUGAAUCGCUCGGUGUGGUAAAUGUUUCCGGCUGUCUACCGGCGGCUUCUAGCCGUUCGGCCAAUGGAUCUGCUAAGGAUGAGGCGGCUAAGAAUGGCGACGAUAGCGCCAAUGAUAAUCUACAGAGUCAGAUUGUGGCGAAUGCAAAGCGUGUGCUGCUUGCUAAAAUCGACUAUGAAGAGGUAGAGAAUUAUCAAAAUUCGGUGUUGGCCAAUUUAAAGUCAAAAUAUAUUGUCAUCAAACCGGACACAAACAAAUUGAACGGUCACAGUGCUGCCAAAACUGUAAACUCAAAUGGACAUGACCAACACAUCCAGAGCAGCAAUGGAACAUUGCAUCAAAAUGGGAAUCGUAAGCAGUCCCUUGAUACAGCGCACACCAACAAUCCCAAUGAGCUGCCAAAGCCAAAGCGAGUACUUUAUCCUCGCGAACAGUUACGAAUUGGCUGGAAGCAAUCGGAGCGCAGCUGGCAGGUGGGUGCCGGCAUGAUCAAUGUGGGCAACACCUGCUAUCUAAAUUCGACGCUGCAGGCGCUUUUUCAUAUACCAGCCCUAGCCAAUUGGCUAGUGUCUGAGACGGCGCAUGUGGAGAACUGUAACAUUAGCGAAUCGUGCGGUGGCACUGGUUGCAUCAUUUGCGCCAUGGCUAAGACGUUGCUAUCCACGCAAUCCAAUCAGUCCACAGUGCGUCCGUAUCUCAUCUACUCGAAGCUGCGGCAAAUUUGCAAGCAUAUGAUCGUCGGCCGUCAGGAGGAUGCGCACGAGUUCUUGCGCUUUCUUGUCGAAGCCAUGGAGAAGGCCUAUCUGAUGCGCUUCCGCAACUACAAGGAGCUCGAUCAGUUGGUGAAGGAAACGACGCCGCUGAACCAAAUCUUUGGCGGUUAUCUGCGCAGCGAAGUGCGCUGCCUUAGCUGCAAUCAUGUCUCCAUAACGUUUCAGCAUUUUCAAGAUUUGCUGCUGGACAUACGCAAGGCGGACACGCUGGAUGAGGCCUUUGACGGUUACUUCUCACGCGAGCGUCUUGAGGACAUGGGCUACAAGUGCGAGGGCUGUAAGAAAAAGGUGUCGGCUACAAAGCAAUUUAGUCUGGAGCGCGCACCUAUUACACUUUGUAUACAGCUCAAACGCUUCUCAAUGAUGGGCAACAAGCUGACUAAACAGAUUAGUUUUAAACCACGCAUUGACCUCAGUCGAUUUGCCGCGCGCAGUUCAUCAUCAUCAUCAUCAAUGCAGCCUUUGAUCUAUCGCCUUGUCUCAAUGGUCACUCAUCUGGGUGUUUCUCAGCAUUGUGGCCACUACACAGCCAUUGGGCUUACUGAAACGGGCAGCUACUAUAACUUUGAUGAUAGUUAUGUGCGUCCCUCGGCCAUUCAAAGUGUUUGCAACACCAAUGCAUAUAUCAUGUUCUACGAGCUGGAUGUGAACAGCGUUAGCUUCAACUUCAGCAGCAGCACUGUAAGCACCGCGCCCAAGAUGAAUGGUACGCGUUUGGGCAAUGGACAACAGCAUAGUCCAACCACCAUGCCCUCCGCAACAGUCACAGCUGCUUCGCCCCGUUUUAUAGGGCCACAGCUGCCCAAUGGCUAUGGGAUAAGCAAUGGUCAUGCUAAGACCUCUUUACAGUUCAAAGCUGCAGCCACGAACACGACGCAGUCAGCGCCUAACAAAAGUUCCUGCAACAACAACAAUCACAACAUACUGCCUAUAUCCUCGGACGACGAAGAGGAGGAGGAGGACGAGGAUACGGCAAAAAGCGAUAGACCAACGCCACAGCUGCCCAGCAUGCCCAAGAUGUUCGCAGAGGAUGAGCCUAAGCUGCCUACGGUAAAAUUGAAGCCAAAGAGCCUGGUGCCCUAUGAAUCUGCCUCCGAAGAGGAAGAGCAGCAACUGCAGCCGGCCUCUAAUCCACGCAAGCGUCGCAGUGGCGCCGACGAAGAUGAUGACUCCAGUGAUAUGGAGCCAGAAACACCAGCGUCAACUGGAACUCUUCGCAAUGGGCAUAGCAACAACCAUUCGCCUACAAAAGCCAAGUACGCCUCAAAUGCCACCUCCUCCUUGGCGACGGCGUCGCAUGUUAACAGCAGCAAACAAAAGACUGAUGCCAUAGAAGAAAUAUUCAAAAGUCUAAACAACUACAAAAACAAACAGCGGAGCAACAGCAAAACAGUAGCUAAAAAAGUAGAAGACGAGGACGACGAUGAGGCUGAUCAGGAGCCGCAGCAGGUCAAUGGGUGGCAGUCGCAAAAAUUCAACGUCAACAAUGGGAAAGCACCUGGGUCGCCAAAGACGCCGCCCUCGCCAGCAGUUAUUAAAUCGAAAACGGGCAUUUGGCAGGUUACAAAGAGCGAUGAUGCCGAUGAAGAGGAAGAUGACGAUAACGACGAAGAGGAGGACGAAAAUGAAGCUGAAACUGUCACUGCAACUGCCAAGUCAGCAAAAAAUCACAAAAAUCCGUUUGCUAGCAAAGCAACUGAAUCGCCGCCGACGCCCAGUUUAAAGCGUCAAAAAUUGCUCAAUGGGAGUGCGACGGCCACAGCGACAGCGACCACGCCACGCAUUGGCAAUGGCUAUCAGAGCGAGUCCAAUGCCAAUGGCAGCGCUGCCGUUAGCGAACUGCUGAAGCAGUCGCAUCGCGGCUACGGCGCCACUGUGCUUAGCUGGAGUGGCAAGACCUCCGAAUUGGACAAGGAGCUGCUGGCCGAAGCGCGUGAGCAACGCAAGCGAGAUGAGGAAGAUGAUGAGGAAAAUGAAAUGGAUCGUGGACGUCAGCGAAAAAUCAAGUCUGUAGCAUCGCCAGCUGUAAGCGGCAAGUACAGCAAUACCCCCGGCUACAAUCCAUUCCAGGAGUACGAGGGACAGAAGCGCUGGCACAACAACAAAUCAGGCAGCUUUUCGUCCCGCUUCUCGCAUCAGUCCAGUUACCGUUCAAAUUUCCAGCAGCGCAAUAAAUUCAAAUAUAAUCAGCAUCGCUUUAAUGGCGGCAGUGGUGGCGGCAGUGCCAAAUUUCAACAGCAACGUGCACUGCAGCGACAUCUGGCGUCUGGUGGUGGCUUCACGCGACGCCAGCAUCAGUCAAAUGGACAGCAGCAGCAGCAACAGCAAUCUUAACUGUCGCAGAAGUUAAGAAGAAAAACCCGCUAGCCUUGAAUGCCACGCCCCGCCCGCCCUAAAGUGCAUUUACUGCAUUGCUUGCAAACGAUGUCACUUUCGGUUUUAACUUCAGUUUUUUAUCAUUUAGCAGCGAUAAUAGGAUAAUUUUAGCAUUAUCCUAGGACUAGGACUUUUAAGCUAUAAGCUAGACCUCUCCAACACACACACACACACAUAUAUAUACAAACAUACAUACAUAUAUAAAUACUACGUACUAUCCCCUAUUGCACA